AGGAAGAAGAAGAAGAAGAAGAAGAAGAAGAAGAAGAAGAAGAAGAAGAUGGGAGGCGAAGUUGGUGCUGAAGAGAGGAAGGGGAAGCAAAUAUUAGAGCUCCUGAAGGAUCCUUUGAGCAUGAUUUUGGUUCAGGUGCUCACAACAGGGAUGUUUCUCUUGUCUAAGGCUGUGCUCAACAAAGGCCACUCUGUCUUCGCCAUUCUCACCUACCGCUGUAUUGUUGGAGCUCUCUUCGUCUUACCAUUUGCUCUGUACAUUGAAAGAGGAAAGUGGAAAGAAUUAAAUUGGAUGGUUGUCUUUUGGAUCUUCCUCAACGCUCUAAUGGGAAUUACAGGCGCAAUGGGGUUUUACUACUACGGCCUUUGUGAUACCAACGCUACUUACGCUGCUAGCUUCCUCAAUUUAGUGCCAGUAUUGACAUUUUUAUUUGCAGUAGUUGUAAGAUUAGAAAGAUUAGGGUUUGAUAGUAGAGGAGGAAGAAUAAAGAUUCUGGGGACUAUAUUGUGCGUAGGAGGAGCAAUGGUUAUCAGUAUGUACAAUGGAGCAACCAUUCAUAUAACAUCGCCAAAAUGGGAAACCAAUACUGUUAAGAAGGGAUUCGAUGCUUCCAGCAAUCACAAAGUUCGUGGGACUUUGUUCUUGAUUGCAAGUUGUCUGUGCUUCUCCACUUGGGUUAUAGUUCAGGCCAAAUUACUGCAAAGAUAUCCCUUCAAGUACUGUGCAACAAUGUACACGUGUGUUGCUGCAAGUCUUCAGUCAGCUGUUUUGGGUUUGAUUCUGAACGCAAGCAGAAGCAAAUGGAUAUUGAGAUGGAAUUUAGAGUUGCUGCUCGUAGUGUAUUCUGGAGCACUGAACACUGGAGCUGUAUUCUGCUUGAUUUCAUGGGUUGUUCCUCGCAAAGGUCCUUCGUAUGCAACCAUGUUUAAUGCUCUAUCACUAAUACUUACCACUAUUUUAGAAGCUGUUUUCAUGACUGGAGAUUUCACAGUAGGAAGCCUAAUAGGCAUAACUAUGAUUAUUGGAGGACUUUAUGCUUAUCUAUGGGGAAGAGGACAUCAGCUGCCAUCAAAACAGAUAAGAGAUGAGGAAUCAAUUAUUGAAGUCUCGACAUCCCAAAGAGUAGAAGAAGAUGUGUAUUGCAGUCAAGAAAUCGAGAAUCUCUCAGUCCAAUAUCAAAACCCUAGAUGAUAUGUUAAUAGAGUUGAUUAUAAAACCUUUAAUUAAUGAUAAUUUCCUCUCUGUGUUAGGUUCUUUAGGCUUAGAAUUAAGAGCCUUACUUUUAGUAGAAGGAAUGUUAUAAAGUAUGAGCAGAGCUUAGCUAAUCAAGAGAAGAUGCACCCAAAUUUCAUUGUACGCUAUGAAAUCGCUCUUAGUGUUUUUGGGGACAGAUGCAUCAAUUUUGUUUGCUAGCCAGUUAUAAGAAUUUGAAUAUAAGAAUAAAUUCUUGCUGCUCAAAAUUCACUGAGCUAUAAUGACUCAGUUGACGAAACUAUAGAAAGUUUACUCAAUUAUUAUAAAUUAAAUUACUUGAAAAUAUUUUUGAAAUUAAUUUAAGGAACACCUGACUGACUCUAGAUAAGGUUUUAGUUUGUCACAUUUCGUGGAAUUAAAACAAUGUUUAUCGGUUAAACUAAGCAUAAGAGAUCUGUUGGAGUUGCCUCAAAUUUGGCUCGACCUUUGUUUGUUCAUAUCCUUGACCGUCAUACUUUCACAUAUAUGUCAAGGGUCCAAUAGGGCAACGCCCCUUGGCGAGAUUUGACCUGCCCGGUCAAGUCGCGGGUCAAGGGGCAGCGCCCCUGUGAGGGUAUCCCAGAUUUU